AUGGCCCCAACCGCCAUUGCACCCUUUCAGAACUCAUCAGAGCUCACUCAAUGUGGCAUCAAGCACACCAUCACUAAGACAGCACCAUCGAUAACCCCCAAUGGCGAUAUCACUCCUGUCAUCAACGAGCUAGACGCUUCUAAGCUCGUCUUUACCCGCAAUCUCAGUCCUCGUGCCGUCCCAGAGCCUGAUUCUCCAGAGGUCUGGACACAGUCUGUGUGCACAGAUCAUAUGGUGACCUGCCAAUGGACCUCGACAAGCGGGUGGGCGGCUCCUCAUAUCCAACCUUACGGACCGUUGCAACUCAUGCCCACCGCUUCUGUCCUUCACUAUGCAACAGAAUGCUUCGAAGGUUUGAGGUUUUAUCGCGGUCACGACCUGAAACUUCGCCUUUUCCGACCAGACCGCAACACCCGACGUAUGCUCAACAGUGCCACUCGCAUAUCCCUUCCAGCCUUCGAACCUGAUGAGCUGCAAAAGCUCAUUGAGACACUCGUUGCAGUAGACGGUGAGAAGUGGUUACCAAAGAGCCGGCCAGGCACUUUUCUGUACCUGAGACCGACAAUGAUCGCGACAGCGGCAGCGUUGGGGGUACAGAAGCCCAAGGAAGCGCUCUUGUACAUCAUCGCAUGCUGCUUCCCAAAUUUCGACACGCCGAGUGGAACAACGGGACCAAGCAGUAACAGUAUACAACAGUCUUCAAAAGCAAGGCCAGGACUCAAGCUUUUGGCUAGCAAAGAAGAUACCGUACGCGCCUGGCCUGGAGGAUUUGGGUACGCAAAAGUGGGGGCCAAUUACGGACCAAGUCUAGUUGCCCAAGGAGAAGCCAAAGCGAGGGGUUUUGACCAGGUGCUGUGGCUGUUGGGUAAGGACUGUGAUGUAACAGAGGCUGGGGCGAGUAAUUUCUUCGUGGUUUGGAGAAUUGGUGGGAAGCUGCAAUUGGUAACAGCCCCGUUGGAUGACAAGAUCAUCCUUGACGGCGUGACAAGAAGAAGCAUUCUCCAGUUGGCAAGAGAGCGGUUGGGGGGAGACCUCGAGGUUGUGGAGAGAAAAUACCCUAUGAGUGAGGUCGAAGACGCGGCAGAAGACGGAAGAUUACUGGAAGCAUUUGCCGCGGGAACGGCGUUCUUCAUUGCGCCGGUAUCUAGUAUUCACUUCCGGGGGAAGGAUCUAGAGAUACCGAUGUCUGAAGGUGUGACGGGCAAGUAUGCGGCGAUCUUGAAGACUUACCUUACCAAUAUCAUGUACGGAAGAGAAGAUCACGAAUGGGGUGUUGUGGUAAAUGAAAGAUAG